GUCUAUAUCCUUUUGUUCGCUUUCGUUUCCAUUUUAGGGUUUGACUUCAAAAAUAAUUAUGCGCCCACGUUAACCAAUAAUACCUUCUGUUUUUGUUAAAGGUUAACCAAUAAUACCAAUCCAGAUAAUUAUCUGAAUAUCAAAAAUAGUUUAUCAUGUAUAAAUCUCGAGAAGAAAUGAGAUUUUAGAGCAUACAUAGAAAAGUGUAAAAUAUUUUUUAUAGAGGCAAAUCAUUCCUACUUAUAAAAACAAGACCAGAAUAUGAAUUUAUAUAAAGCAAACUUAAAGUUUGGUUACACUUUAUAUUUGGAAAUUUUAUGGACAGGUGCCAGUCUUUUAGUUCACUUAGAUCUAAUUUUAGUCAAUUUUCUCUUUAAAAAAAAUAGAAUUAUUUUGUAUAUAAAAUAAUUCUAUUUUUAUUAUAAAGUUAGAAUAAAAUAGGAUUAAAAUAUAUUUUACUCUAAAAAGAAAAAAUACAGUAUAAUUCUAAAAACAUAAUAUACCCUAAUCAUGGACAUGUACUCGGAGCUUUUUGAAAAGGAAUAUUAUGUAAAUAGCAAUUGCACCAUAUUUUAUUUUAUUUUGCAGGAGCCGAGAUGCCUUCUACCAUGGAGCUGAGUAAUGGAAGAGUCAAAGAGCGAGAGAGAUUAGCCUAUAGCAUUUAUUUAUAAUAUUAAAUUAAUACUUAAUUAAUAGCCCACGUGCCUUUUUGUUUGCCUAGCUUACCAUUUCUAGAAGUUCAACACUUUCGAUGUAUAUCUAAUUUUGUUUUUUUUUGUUUGGUUAUUUCGUAAAUAACCCCUAUCUAUAUUUUGUAUGUUUUUCUUUUGCAACUGCAAUAUAUAUAUAUAUAUAUAUAUUGUAUAGAAAUAAUAUAAUCUGAUGACCUUACCAAAGUGAUGUAUAUAUGCAAUUUUUUUUGUUUCAGUUUUUUUACUAUAUUCAUCAGAAUAGCACGUUUGCUCUAGACACAAGAAAGAGCUCAUGAAUCUGUGCACAUGCUCUGUCUCUCUUGAUAACUAAUAUUUACAAACAAUUGCAUUUAAAUGAACCAAAAACAGAAGCAUUUCAAUAGUUUAUAUUCGUAGAUAUCUUUUUUGAGUAAAAGUUUAUAUUCAUAGAUAUUUAGAUCAAACUAAAAUCAAGUGAUAAUUUAAAUCAAAUAAAUAUUUAAGAAAGUAUUGCGAGUUAAUUUGAGCACUAACGUUUUUUGGGAAAUUUUUUAUCAAAAAUUUAGUUUGUAAAAAAAUAUUGUUGUGAUUUUAUCUUAUUGCAAUUAAUAAAAGUUAAAAAUAUUUAUUUUAUUUGGCUAUGGCAUGAAAACUUCUAGGCACGGCUAUGUGUAUAUAUAUAUCUUAAUUGUUAACAUGUUAUGAAACCCAAGAAAAUGGGAGAAAACGGAAUACUAUUAGUAUUGGGACUAAAUUUUAUAUAUGCAAAUUAAUCCAUACCUGUAUAUAUAUAUAUAUAUGUAAUUGAGUAUAUACAACUUCGCACACAAGCCCCCAAUACCUCUAUCUCUCCGCUUCCAAGAAGGUGACUGAGUUUUAGUUCAACAUCCUCCAAACUUCUUAUUUUGAGAUAACCUUCUCCACCAACUAAUUUCGUUUCUUUAGAAUUCAAGGAACCGAAAUCACACCACUUAUAAAUAUUUCUUGAUCUCGGUUUUUAAAUCAUAUCAUGUAAUAUGAAAUAGCCAAGAACUAUUAGUGUACAUACAUUUUUUGGUUGAUACAAGUUCUUGUUUAUAACUUAUAUACUAACUAUGUUCAUAUUUCUUAAUUGGAACAUUUUCAGAUUUUGAUUUCCGGGUAAGAAGAUGAAUAUGUUAUCCACAAGAUUGUUUUCUGACCAGGAAUUAGAAGAAAAUGGCAUCAUACAACAAUAUGGCAUGAACACAAUAAUGGGAGAGAUCCAUGAAGCUCACCACACGCUUCCACACUCUUUUCCAACUCGUAUGCUAACCACAAAUGAUCCUUCUUAUGAUGAUUUGAUCGAUAUGAAACCAUCAAAGAUCCUCGAGACAACUUACAUAUCACCAAAAUUGCAACCACCACCCUCUUUUCCUCUUCCUCCUUAUUCAAAGCCCCAUUUUCAUCAUCAGCCUUCCUCUAGAAUUCUAUCUUUCGAGAAUGCUACUCAAAAUGUGAUGGAUAAUGAGCUUUCUCCCACCUAUCAAAACUCAAUCUUCAGCCCCAAAGUUGAGGCUGAAGUGCCACCAAACUGGAUGAAUGGGAAAGGGACCAAGAGAGCUCAACCUUCGUAUAAAAGCCAAUCAAAUGCUCAAGAUCACAUAAUCGCAGAAAGAAAACGUAGAGAGAAACUUACUCAAAGAUUUGUAGCUCUUUCUGCUCUAGUUCCUGGUCUGAAAAAGAUGGACAAGGCUUCUGUGUUAGGAGAUGCACAAAAGCAUAUAAAGUAUCUCCAAGAAAAAGUGGGAGAGUUUGAAGAACAAAAGAGAGAAAGAAGAUUAGAAUCAAUGGUUCUUGUGAAGAAGUCUAAGCUGAUUUUGGACGAUAAUAAUCAGUCAACUUCCUCUUCAUGUUGUGAAGAUGACUCCUCAACCUUAGAUCUUCCCGAGAUAGAAGUAAAAUUCUCAGAUAAAGAUGUUCUUAUCAAAAUCCUUUGCGAGAAGCAAAAGGGUCAUGUUGCCAAAAUAAUGGCCGAGGUUGAGAAGUUCCAUUUCUCAAUAACUAACUCAAGUGUUUUACCCUUUGGACCAACACUUGAUAUCACCAUUAUAGCUAAGGUAUGCAUAUUUAUAUAUAUGAAGAAUUUGUUUUUAAUUUUAGAGUAUAACAGCCUAAUUAAUGUAUAUGUCUCUUUACAGAAGGAGAGUGAUUUCGACAUGACACUCAUGGAUGUUGUAAAGAGCUUGAGGUCUGCUUUAUCGAAGUUCAUGUGAUUGUUUCAAAUUUUAUGCUAAACGUCGAUUUCUUUGGGAGAUUUACUUGUAUAAAAUUGAUGAAUCACAUAAUUGGUUUUUGCCAAGAAUCGCACCUCUCACACGCAUCUAUAUAAAAUAGGAUCCUUUCCAAUAUUGAUCGCUGAAUUUAUAAAGAUGUAAAGCAUUUUCAUUUGUCUAAAUGAGGUUGAAUUUUAUGUUAAUUUUACUUGUAUCUUUCAUACUAUAUCAUUUUUAUUUUUUCGACAUCUAUAUUUCAUGUUGUAUAUUGUUUCCUCUUUUGUAUCAUUGUUUUUAAGUGUAUAACAAAUAGCUCAAGUUUGCGUGGCAGUAAUUUUGUAAUGUAUCAGCGAUCUCAAAAUAUACACACAUGCAUAAUCUGUAGUUUUUUUUAAAAUAAAUUUUACGGGAGAUGGUCUUCUUCCUUUUUGACUCCAGGAAGCUAUUUUAGAGAGAAAAGAAUAACGCGGCAAGCUAAUUAGAUAUGUUUGUUCAUCUUUUAUUCAAGUGUCGAAUUUGGAAAUAUUCUUUAUCCGCUUUCCUUUUAUUGAAACUAGGUUCUUGUACGCGCGGCGCGGAUAGUAUUUUGAUUUUUUUUUUCAUAUUUUUGUACUAUUAUAUCAAUUGUUUAGUUUUAUAAAAUGUUAUGUUUUUUACUGUAAAUUUGGAAUUAAAAAUCUAAUUUUUCCUUACUGUAAAAUAAGUUAAUUUUUUUGAAUCUUACCACAAUACAUUAUACACGAAGAGAAUAUAGUUGGUCUUUAUAUUCUUAUUUGUUGUAAUAUUGAAAAUUUUGAUGGUUUGUUUAAAUAAUUUUUUUAAAUUAUAUAUUUUAGGAUUGAUUUUCGUGACUAUAUUCUAUAAUUGUCUAAAAAAAUUGUUUGUCCCAUAUAGACAUCCACAUAAAUAUGGACUUCUGAUAAAUUUGUUCAUUGGGAUAUUUAGUUUCACUUUCAACUUUAUUCUCUUUUUUAGCACCCUCAUGUUAGCUUCUGGGGCUAGCCAACUUUGUGCAAAAGGGUUUACAAAAGCUGAUCGAGAUGCGCGUGAUCGGACACCUUUUGCUAGGCUAUUCGUACAGAAUUUUAAAGAUCUAGGAAUAUAAGCAAUAGAAAGUUCAGAAAAUUC